AUUCCGCUCCUGGGUGGCCUGAUUCUGGUCCCCUGCAUCCUCCUCCGUGGGAGCAGCUGGGAUAUUAAGUGUCAUCGCUGCAGGGAGAAAUGCAAGUGGAGGAAUCCUGGGAAACUGGUUUUACCCCUCUGUCCGGUGCUGGCGGCAGGCUGGAGGCAGCAACCGGUGCUCCUCCCUCGGCAAAGGCAUAUAACGCCUGCCAUGGUCCCGGCAGCCAGCACUGUGCUGCAGUAGGCAGGCAGGGCUGCAGGUGGUGAGCGAUGGCCUCCAUGGGGCUGCAGGUGUUGGGCAUUGCCCUCUCUGUCAUCGGCUGGUUGGCCUCCAUCCUCUGCUGCGCGCUGCCCAUGUGGAGGGAGACGGCCUUCGUCGGCAACAACAUCGUGGUGGCCCAGAUCAUCUGGGAAGGGCUGUGGAUGAACUGCGUGGUGCAGAGCACGGGGCAGAUGCAGUGCAAGGUCUACGACUCCCUGCUGGCCCUGCCGCAGGACCUUCAAGCCGCCCGCGCCUUGGUGGUGGUGGCCAUCGUCUUGGCCAUCCUGGGUACCCUGCUUGCUGUCACAGGUGGCAAGUGCACCAACUGCGUGGAGGACGACACUGCAAAAGCCAAGGUCAUGAUCCUCUCUGGUGUCAUCUUCAUACUCUCCGGCAUCCUCACCCUCAUCCCCGUCUCUUGGUCAGCCAACACCAUCAUCCGGGACUUCUACAACCCACUGGUCACUGACUCCCAGAAGCGGGACCUGGGAUCGUCUCUCUACGUGGGCUGGGCGGCCUCCACGCUCCUGCUGCUGGGGGGGGGGAUCCUCUGCUGCACCUGCCCCCCCCGGGGCGAGAAGCCCUACUCUGCCAAGUUCACAGCUGCUCGCUCGCUGCCAGCCAGCAACUACGUCUAGGAACUGCUGCACCCACCUGCAACCCCCAGCCUCACCGGGGAGCCAGGACCUCCUGGGGGACCCCUGGCCUGCAGACCCCCUGGCCGGGCUGGGUGCUG